AUGAGUCUCUUAAGCUGGAACUGCCGGGGGCUUGGGAACCUCCGGACAGUUAAAGCCUUGGAAAAGGUGGUGAACAAGGAAGAGCCCAAGAUUGUGUUUUUGAUGGAGACAAAGUCGAAAAGGGAAUGGUUAGAGAAAGUAAAGGAUCAAUGUAAGAUGAAACAUGGUUUAAUUGUGCCUAGUGAUGGAAGCAAAGAUGCUUGGAUAGAAGGAGGAUGGGAUGGCGGUAGUUGGCAUUUCACCGGGUUUUAUGGUAAUCCUGAUACAGCGCAGCGACCGGAGUCAUGGGCCAAGUUAAAAUCCCUUAAGGGAACGUCCUCGGCACCAUGGCUCGCCAUUGGAGAUUUUAAUGAAAUUACGAGACUCACGGAGAAAGAAGGUGGCCAUACACGACCAAAGAGGCAGAUGGAGAAUUUUGUUGAUGCUAUAAAUUACUGUGGUUUCAGGGAGGUGGACUUCAUUGGACCGAAAUACACUUGGUGGUAUCAUCGAGCGGAUGGGAUGCAUAUUCGGGAACGACUUGAUAGAGCGUUGGCUAACAAGGAAUUGAUGGAUUUGUUUCCAGCUGCAAAACUGUACCAUCUCUCUUCAUCAGCAUCUGACCACUCACCACUCUCACUUCAUCUUGUGCCAAAAAGGAAGAAAAAGAAAAUAAGAAAGAGUUUUAGAUUCGAAUCGAUGUGGUUGAAGGAUAGUAGGUGUGAGGAGAUUGUUAAAGCUGCAUGGGAGAUGGGGGAACAUUCAGGUGCAGAGGGUGUACUGAAGAGUUGUUUGGAGCAUUGCAGACAUGACCUAGAGGCUUGGAAUAAGGAGGAGUUUGGACACGUGGGAAGGAAAAAUUUUGAGCUUCAACAAAAACUGGAGUGGUUGGAAUUACAGCCAUCUAGUUCUGGUAUGAUUGGCGAGUUAAGGGCCACGAGAGCUAAUCUCAACAGUUGGCUAGAGAAAGAAGAUGAAAUGUGGAGACAGAGAUCAAGAUUGAACUGGUUUCAAGGAGGCGAUAGGAACACUAGUUUUUUUCAUGCGAAAGCUUCGACUAGGCACCAGAAAAAUUAUAUUGAUGGUAUAGUUGACGAGCAGGGGAGGUGGCAGGAGGAUGAGUUGAAGAUUGAGGAAGUCGCUGUGGCCUAUUUUGAGAAGCUUUUUACUUCAAACAAGCCAGAUGAGUUCUCCGAAAUCUUACAUGCAGUCCAACCGAAAGUUACAACUGCUAUGAAUGUUGAUUUGACCCGAGUGUACACGGCACAGGAAGUGAGAUUGGCCUUGAAGCAGAUGUAUCCCCUGAAAGCCCCUGGCCCCGACGUUGUAACAAGCACAGUGUUAGACUUCCUCAAUCAUGGUAUGUCUCCUCCAAAUUUUAAUGAGACUCAUAUUGUGCUUAUUCCAAAAAUAAAUGAACCGAAACAUGUUUCUGAUUAUAGGCCGAUUAGUCUUUACAAUGUAACUUAUAAGAUAGCUUCUAAAGCAAUAGCAAACAGGCUGAAAAAAUUUCUCCCAUCCAUUAUUAGUGAUACCCAAAGUGCCUUUGCGCACGGAAGGUUAAUCAUGGGUAAUAUUCUGGUAGCCUUUGAGACUAUGCAUCAUAUUAGUCGGAAAAAAGGGGUUAAAAUGGGUGAGAUGGCCAUUAAACUUGAUAUGAGUAAGGCUUAUGAUAGGGUAGAGUGGGUUUUUGUGGAGAAAAUUAUGGAGAAAUUGGGAUUUGAUAUUAAAUUGAGGAGUUUGAUCAUGCAAUGUAUUACUACAGUAUCCUAUGCUAUCAAGAUCAAUGGUCGCCCUAGAGGUCGCAUUAUUCCUUCCAGGGGUAUCCGACAAGGAGACCCCCUAUCACCUUACUUAUUUCUAUUGUGUGCAGAAGGGUUAUCAGCUUUGAUUAAAGCUUCAGUGUGUAAUGGCAGUAUGGAGGGGAUUGCUAUUUGUCGUGGGGGUCCUAAGCUCUCCCAUUUAUUUUUUGCUGAUGAUAGUCUCAUCUUUUGCAAAGCAACUAUUGCAGAAUGUGACGCCUUGCAAAGAGUGUUGGGGGUUUAUGAGCGAGCUUCAGGUCAGCAGCUGAAUAGAGCAAAAACUUCCCUAUUUUUCAGCAGUAAUACUCCGAAGGAGAUCCAGGAAGAGAUUAAAAGAAGAUUUGGUGCUCAAGUAAUCAAGCAGCAUGGAAAAUAUCUUGGCUUGCCGUCCCUUGUGGGCAAAAACAAACGCAGCACUUUUAAUGAUAUAAAGGAAAAGCUUGGUAAGAAAUUGUCUGGAUGGAAAGAGAAGAUGUUAUCCAAAGUCGGAAAAGAAAUAUUGAUUAAAGCAGUGGCGCUAGCUAUACCAACCUACACUAUGAGCUGUUUUAAACUGCCAGAUAAUCUUUGUGAUGAGUUAACAGCUAUGAUAAGGAAGUUCUGGUGGGGCCAAGUGAAGAACGAAAAUAGAAUCCCUUGGUUGAGUUGGGACAAAAUGUGUGAAUCAAAGUCAAAUGGAGCUAUGGGUUUUAAGAACCUUAAACUUUUUAAUUUGGCUUUGUUGGCGAAACAAGGAUGGAGACUCCAAGUAGGCCAUGACUCUCUAGUUUAUAGAGUGUUGAAGGCGAAAUAUUUCCCAAGGGUGGCAAAAUUGCUAGAUAGUGAAAAAGGGGAGUGGCGGACGGAGGUUAUUGACACUGUGUUCCUACCACACGAGGCUGACAUUAUCAAAAGCAUCCCCAUUAGUGCCCGGCUACCACCGGAUAAACUUAUUUGGUCUGAAACACCGAAUGGUUUAUUUACGGUGAGGAGUGCGUACAAGAUGGCUGUGAACCUGCUCUUAUCGCCUAAUAAAGGCGCCUCGUCGGAUGCUAGCAAAUUGAGGAGUUUUUGGAGAAGGAUUUGGAGCAUCCCUGUACCUUACAAAAUUCGCCAUUUUAUGUGGCAUGCAUGCCGUAAUGCCUUGUCGAAGAAGGACAACCUGAUGCGCCGUAAAAUAGUCCAGGAUGAGGUAUGUGAAGGUUGCAAAGAGGCGUCGGAGUCGGUGUUUCAUGUCUUGUGGGAAUGUAGAAAAGCUAAGAAGGCAAGGGAGUGCUCCAAGAUGGUGUUUCCAGCACCAGGUGGUUCAUCUCUGUCCUUCUUAGACGUAAUGUGGAAGCUGUUAAUGCAGGAGGAUGUGGGUGAGGAGCACGUGGCUCAGGUUGCCACAACGGCAUGGGCAUUAUGGCACAACCGUAAUGAGGUCAGGUGCGGCGGAGCAAGUAAGACGGGGAGGCAGAUCUUCAGUUGGGCGUCGGAGUAUCUUCGGGAGUACAGAGCGGCGAUUCUGCAUGACCGACCAGUUGUUCCGGCGCCUCAGCAGAGUGUUAGGUGGACUCCUCCACGGGAUGGUCUCUUCAAGAUCAACGUUGACGGAGCAGUUUUCUUGAAACAGAAAGCAGUGGGCGUUGGGGUAGUAAUCCGUGACAGUGAGGGUAGGCUUGAAGCAGCUCUAAGCAAGAAGAUCCCGUUGCCAUUAGGAGCAGUAGAGGUAGAAGCCAAAGCGGUCGAGGUGGGCCUGCUCUUUGCAAAGGACGUCGGUGUUAGGGAUGUUGUACUGGAAGGUGAUUCAACAGUUGUUUAUAAUGCUUUAUGUAACUAUUCCCGGGCCCCAUCUUCAAUAGCUGUUGUGACUCAAGGGAUUCAAGACAUUAGCAAAGAGUUUAGAAGUAUUGAGUAUUCUCACGUGCGGAGACAAGGAAACAUGCCGGCCCAUAUUUUAGCAAAAAAUGCAUCUAGCAUAAAUGAUUAUGUUGCGUGGAUUGAAGAGGACCCUUGCUGUAUUAUGCAAGCUCUUAUCCAUGAUGUAAACUCCUUUUCGUAG